AUGGAAGUUGGGGCUGAAAUAGCACGUAUAAUUAUUGAGAGCAGAAUCACUGGAGUUUUUAAGAAUGAAGUGAGCUUGGUAAACGCUAGUGUUAAAGAAGCUGAACAUAUCUUGUCCGUUGAAAAACCUGUUAGAAUCGAAACACUAUUGGUUCAUGAACAGUGUGCUCGUGCUGACGCUCUUUGUGAGAAUGCUUUGCUGAUUGAAUCAUGGACCAUCACAUUAAGUUCCAACCAACACCCAGGAAAAUUGGCUAAGGCUUUGGACCCGCUUUUUUUAAAGAAUGCUGUGCGCUCCCAACUCCACUUUUCUCAGUUAAAUUCUUGGAUGAUAAAUAACGGCGGCAAACUGCCUAAUGGUCUGGUGUUUGUAUACAGAAUUACUCGCGAUGAAUUUACGGGUACUCAUUGUGAAACGGAUAGGGUUUUGAACAAGGACGACAGCUGUUCAAUUCAUGAAUGGUCAUCAGCUUUGCCACUGCUAUCGCCAAAUUCGUCCUUCUCUUACCUGCAUGGUGAAAUAGACUUUGCGCGGCAUAUUGAAGAUGAAAAUUCCAGUCUGCAAGGUCCAUUGGAGAUAGAAGACGGAGAAGAUUCUUCUGGCAUCUACUCGGCAUCAACUUCGAGUCAUGAGCAGGAACUCCAUUACAUUAGUGACCAGUCUCUUACGGAAUCGUCGGCUCCCGUUGCGCAUGCUAUCGGGUCGUCUUUUCAACCUCAGACGUUUUCGCGAAAAACUCGCUGUCACGAUACUGAAGAUGGACUGGAAAGACCUCCAAGAAAAAGAAGUUUUCUGGAUGAAAGCAUUGUUGAUCCAGUCAGCGUAGAUUCACCAAAAUUUUGCUUGAUUAACAAUUUCGAGGAAUUUGCGACUUCAAAAGCCCAGUCGAUUGAAGUGGAAAGUCUUGCUAACGCAUUGGCUGAAUCUUCUUCGUUGACAAAGGAACAGAGUAUUCAUUCUUCUUUCAUCUCGCGGCGACAGUGUGUACCUCGCAGGUUUCGUAUCCUAUCUGCUUUCCGUUUCAUGCCGGGCUCAUCUACACUAUUUUCAAAAAAAACUGGUUUACCUUUAAAUUCUAGUCCUGCCCCUUCUCAUCACCGGAAGGGGAAAAAAGCCGAAACAGUACCGCUUGCAGGUCAUAACCUCGAUAUUUCUCGAAUCUUCACCAUUCCACUGCAUAGGUUCAUUGAAAAUUCUUUGCGGAGAAAAUGCGCGUCACAAAAAUCGUCACCUGAAAUUUAUAAAGUUUGCAGUUUUAGGUACGGUGAUGAAGACAGUAGCCAAAGCGAUAGUGAAAAACUGAAUCCCACAAAAACUAGUGCAACUAGUAGUGGAUUACUGUGUAAUUUUGAAGAAAGUAUAUUAAACGGCCGGUUAGAACCGUUCGCUUCUGUCGAAGGAUUCCAACUGCAGAUCACUGCAAGUGGUUCUUUUUGCUCGCCCCACGUAACUCUUCCAGUUGAAGCAUUCUUCUUCAGCCUUUCCGAUGACGAUGCACCUUCACUCAACUUUACUUUGUUCAAUCCGCAAGGAACCGUCGUAUGUCUUUUUGUUGUACGUUUUGAUGUUACCGAAAUGCUUCCAUCUUGUCAAACUUUUUUGCGUCAGAGGCAGUUUUUUAUGCCUCCGGAAUGUCCAUACGACCAGAUUAACCGUUCAUGGCUCAAAUACCUUAUACAUCUUAGGCUCGCAACAGAUCGUAAGUGUAAUUUAUUCAUACACAACGAUAUUCGCAUAUUAUUCUCACAAAAAAGUAAUCUGGACGGUUUGAACGUUGAGUUAGAGGAGCGCGAGGAAUGUUUCCAGUUACGUGCUUUUACAGAAAUGCCACAAAGACCUCGUUUUUCUCCCCGGAAAUAA